GUAUUAGACUGAUUUUCGUUAACUGAUUUUCGUUUUGCAACUAUUGAUUCCGAGCUUCAGUGCGAUUCAGUGUCUUCAUGUAAAAUCACUGAGGCAAGGAAGGGUCCGACAAAGAGACUAAAUUAAACGUAUUUCAUCCCACUGCGUUACGCGCCGCAUUUUUGAGGAUGAAAGAUGAGUAGUAAUGCCUCAAUGAGCUCAUGACCACUGCAUACGAUGUUUUCCGAGGUGGCUAAUAUAAACUUUAGUUCAAACUCAAGCAGCGAGGAACCGCUGUCUUUUCUGGACCAAGAAUGGAAUGACACCCCAGCAGAGAGACUGUCUCGAACAGGGCACACCGUGGUCUCAGUGUUUCUAGGAUCUAUAAUGAUAUUUGGUUUCCUUAAUAACUUGAUAGUAUUGAUCCUGUUUUGCAAGUUCAAAAUUUUGCGGACCCCUGUAAACAUGCUGCUUCUCAAUAUUAGCGUGAGUGACAUGCUCGUGUGCGUCUGCGGCACCACUCUCAGCUUUGCAUCCAGUAUUCGGGCACGCUGGUUGUACGGGAGGCACGGCUGUAUGUGGUACGGCUUCGUCAACUCUUGCUUCGGCAUCGUGUCGCUCGUCUCCUUAGCCGUGCUUUCCUACGACCGCUACAGCACACUGACCGUGUACAACAAGCGGGCGCCGGACUACCGGAAGCCCCUGCUGGCCGUAGCCGGAGCCUGGCUCUACUCCCUCUUCUGGACAGUGCCCCCCCUGCUGGGCUGGAGUAGUUAUGGCCUGGAGGGAGCGGGGACUAGCUGCUCGGUCUCGUGGACAGCGCGGACUCCCCAGUCCCACUCCUACAUCAUCUGUCUGUUCAUCUUCUGCCUGGGCCUGCCUGUCCUGGUCAUGGUGUACUGCUAUGGGAGGCUACUCUACGCCGUCAAGCAGGUCGGAAGGUUCCGGAAGUCGGCGGCCCGGCGCAGAGAGUACCACAUCCUCGUCAUGGUGAUCACCACCGUGGUGUUCUACCUUCUCUGCUGGAUGCCUUAUGGCGUGGUGGCCAUGAUGGCCACGUUUGGCCAUCCAGGCAUUAUCACCCCCGUCGCCAGUGUGGUACCAUCUAUCCUAGCCAAGAGCAGUACCGUCAUCAACCCCCUCAUCUACAUCCUCAUGAACAAACAGUUUUACAGGUGCUUUUUGAUCUUGUUCCACUGCAAGGCCCAGGCUACAGAGAAUGGCCAAUCAUCCAUGCCCUCCAAGACCACAGUCAUCCAGCUGAACCGCCGUGCGCACAGCAACACGGUGGCAGCGGCCGUGCCGAUCUCCCCCUGCGCCAACCACAACGAGCUGAGCACCAACGUCCUCGAAUGCACCAGUCCCAUCGCCUCAGGAAGGAAUGACCCGGGAGAAGCGAGCUCGUAAAAGAAAGCAACGACAACACCAGCGCAGUCAUCCUGUCGUCCCUUUGUUUCCAAGAUGGCCACGAGCUGUCAGACAGUGUAAUUGAAAAACCUCAAAACAACGUGUCAAAGUGUCAACCGACUCAUCUAGUAGAAGUAUUUUUCAUGUAGGGAUCUGCCUUAAAGUGUCAUCUUCACCCAGGGACUUGUGUUAUGUACGUAAUGGACAGUGUUCCCAAGAAGUCUACAGCACGGUGUCUGUCACCCAAGAACUUUUCAUAAUGGUCAGCCAUGUGGUGGUGUCUCCUCUCCUGUGUGUUGCCAAGUGUCGCCAACAAAACGUUUUAAGAAGUCAACCAAGAACUGUUAACACGCAAUCCCUUCCCAGUUUUUGUCAAUAGUUUGAUCAUUGAGUAGAAGGGUAAAUAUAGUCUCUGUGUUUAAUCUUGCAGUGAUACAAUGCAGUGAGAUGGUCCCUGAACAAAAUGUGCUUUUUGCUUUUCACAUUUCUUGAGUUCUCAUCAUUGCCAAAAUUGCACAGACAGCUGUCUUAUUUGCGUCAAGUCAAAUGGUAUUCUGUUCAGUACGGUGGCCCAGAAGUGCAAAUCACACCCACUAACAUG